AUGACGCCAAUGAUUAGACCGACUGUUCCUGUGCAGAUAGAGAUAUGGGCAGCGGGUGAGGAGACAGUCCACGAGGGACAAAUCAUUGGACCCCUUCAAAAUCAAGACGUCGAAUCAGGAGUCGCGGGACGUAACCAGAUGAUAAUGGUUAACCGACACCAGGAUGCUGAUCAAAUUGUCGAUCAACAUCGACAGGAAGACUUGGCAGUAGAAAACAAUUUGACAACUAUUGUUGAAAGGAUUAUGGCUAGAAAUGACAUGGGUGCUACGUUACAAAGGCCAUUAUACGCCUUCCCGCUAGCUGAGUUUAUUCUCCAAGCCGAGGCCCCCAGGGGGAUGGAAGUGCCUAAGUACACUAAAUUUGGGGGAGAGUCUGGUGAAUCGACAAUAGAGCACGUUGCCAGAUACUUAACAGAGUCAGGGGAUCUAGUUCAUAAUGAAUGUUUGAGAGUAAAAAAUUUCCCCUCCUCUCUGACCAAGGCUGCCUUCACAUGGUCCUUAAAGGCUAGGUGUUUUACGCAAGUGCCAGAACAUGAACUAGUUCAAAUGGCUGCAGGAGGUUUAGAUUAUUCCAUUAGGAAGAAGAUAAAUCCCACUUUUGUGAAAAGUAUGUCACAACUGGCCGAUAGAGUUCGACAUUUAGAACGGCUAAGGCUAGAAAAAGUUAGGCACAAUAAGUCUAAGAAAGAAAAGGUAGCGUUUGUCGAAUACGACGCGACAGACCCAAUACGUGAGGCUGAUUAUGCUUCGUCGGCCGAAUUAUAA